AUGGUAAUACUUUUUAAGGUUUUAGAAACUGCCUCCCUCGCUGGGAGUGCAGAUACACCAGAGGAAAUCAAACAUGUCUUAGCUGAGAAGAAUCGGCUUCAAAAUGAACUGCAACGCUGCCUUCAGGAGAUGCAUCAGAAGGAUCUGCAUUUCCAGCAGAUUAAUUCAAAGGUUGUGCAGUCAGCAGAAGAGAAUGCUGUCUUGUCUGCCCAGUUGAAGACUCUUUCGCAGACUCUAAGGGAUAACCAGCUUCGUUACACUGACUUGCAAAAUCGUUAUUUAAGACUGGAGAGGGAAUAUCAGACAAUGCACACGACAUCUUUCCAAGGCACUGUUCAGGAUGAAACUAGAGCAGAAGUUCCCCCUGGAGCGCCACAGGAGAGAUCUGCAAUUAUUGUUGAAAUAGACAAUAUGGAGCUAAAUGAACUCAGAAAAAGGCUUGCAGAGACUGAGCAACAAUAUGAGUCAGUGCAGCAGGCUCUCUCACAGCUGACAGAAACACUGUCAGAAGAGAAGAGGAGGAGAGAAGCUGCAGAAGAGGCUCUUGGACUCUCUGAGGAGCAAAGUAACAGAUUUGAAGUAAGCAGUUAUAGGUCUGUACCUAGUGAAUACGCUGUCCAGAUGGAAACUGAGGAGGAAAGGGAAGCCUUAAUCAUCAAUCCUAGUGAACAUGUUAUUGUGCGAAAGAUGAAAGGAGGAGCCCUUUCCUUCCGAAGAUGGCUUCGAGGGCGAAGUCUUUACUGUUCUAAGCUGCUGACCUCCAGAGCAAAAUCCCGCUAUUUAUUCCUCACGUACCUAGUUACACUACAUCUUGUUGUUUUACUGUGCCUCACUGGUGUUCUCUGAAUACACUGCAUUUUCUGGGUAAAUUAUUUCCCUGUAGGUAAUGGUGUGCCAAUCCAAGAUAAUAGACUUUCCACAUGCUGCUGUUAAGCUAUGCACUGGACACAGUUGUAUAUAUUCUUGUUACACUACAUGAAUCUUGAGCUUCUUAAAAGAAAUUUGUGUAUAUCACAGUUGCUCCAAAGUUGACUUGAAUUGCUCUUUAACAGUGGAAUAUUAUAUUUGCUAAAGAGAAAAUAUCCCCCUCUGCCCUAUAAAGAAACUGCUGCACACAAGUUAUUUAAUAUUGUUUGUGAGUACAUAAUGAUUGAUUACUACUGAAUGGGUUGUAAAUGAUAUCUUUUCUAUAUAAACUUUAUUUUAAAAGUUAAACUAUAAAUUUUAAAGGAAUAUUCAGCUAUUACUGUUUAUUGGCUUCUUGAUUAUAACAAGAAGUUUUAUAGAGUGCAAUAAAGGAAGAACUACUG